AUUCUUUUGCAAUUGCCUCUCUUCAUUAUUCAAUUAAGAAUUCAUUUCCUACCCAGUUGUAAAAAGUAUAAGAUCAACUUGUCUUCAAAUUCUUUCAUGGUGUGAUCUAGUCUUACAUUCAUUUUGAAUUUAUUUUGGAAUAUAGUGUAAUAUGCUGGCCCAAGCUUAGUUUCUGCCAAAUUGCUUGCUAGUUUCCCAGUAUUUCUUAAUAAAAUAGGGAGUUCCUUUCCAAGUAAUUUGUACUUUCAGAGGAAAGAUUUCUUAACUAUUUUAACCUAUCCCAAAGUUUUGUUAUGUUAGACAUUUUCAAACAGCGGCUGGAUGAGCAUUGUCAGAGAUAUACAGAAGAAUCUUGCCCAGGAAUUAGUUGAAUUACACGGUCUUUUCUGACCAUGGUAUCCCAUCAUCAGUGUUCCAUCUGAAGACAGCUUUGCUCCGGAAAGCCAACAGGUGAACUCCAAGCUGGAGAAGAAGAUACUUCCCUGGCCCAGUAGCAGAGAAGGGGAGAGAGAAGAGGGCUUCGAAGGCAAAUUUGAAUUUUUGGCCCCUUUCCAGGGAGGACGGAAGGAAGCUUGGAAACUUUCCUCUGGCCUGAGUUGUGGUUUAAGGUAGGAGGCUAUUGAAGAUCGGGUUGGGAUUUGGGGUGGAAUGAUGAGCUCGAAGAGGGCAAGACCAGACACUGCUGCGGAUAUUGUAUUUUCCAUCUUAUUUCAAAAUUAUAAAGGAAUAGUUUUCGGCCAUCUCCCUUUUGGACUUCUUUCGGGUCAAGAAUGUGAUUUCAGGUCACCACGCCGGCACCUAAUACCGGUAUCUUUGAGGGACUCUUGAGCCCGGGACUUACGGGAUAAGAAUAGAAACAAGGCUGUAGCAUUUAAUUAAACCUGGUUACUGUCCCUUUAAAUAACCUUCCCGAGUCCUCCAAAUUCCCACAAACUCCUCUCCUUCCUAGUACCACUGCACAAUUACCCAGAGUUAAACAAAUUUCCCACAAGUCUAAGCUGCAGAAUCCGCAAUUUUCCCAAAGUGAGUACUACAGGUCCCGAGAUGCUCCCGAACACAAGUAGCGAUCACUGCGAUGUUCUUUGGGAAUUGUAGUCCUGUCGGAGGCGCCAAAGCAAGGAAACUACUCAUCCCAAGUUCCCCCGCGCCGGAGGCGGGUUCUGCUUUCCGUCCAACCCUCACCUCCAAACUCCACCUCCCGCCGUGCCCCGCGCCGAAUCACAGGAGGCGACGGAGGGGACUUUCGCCAAGGUGGCUGCUGGGAGCUGUAGUAUUAGAGCGGUGAGGCGAGGGGGAGGCGGAGUGACUCGGCGGCCAUUACUUGUGUGGAGCUGCCCGGGACCGGGAGCCCAAGCUAAGAGGGAGGCCUUAAUCUUGUAGGGACGCAACCGCAGCCAUGGGCUCCCGCCGAGGCUAGGCCUCGGAGAGCGGAGCAGGCGGGUCCUCCCGCCUCCUGUCCCGCCCCGCCUCGCGGUGGGGCCCGCUAGGCCUCUGUGUGUCCCCGGCCUCGAUUAGGCCGCUCCUUCCGGCAAGGGCACCCCGGAGGCGGGAGGGCAGCGCCAUGUCUCUAGUCGCCUACGCCAGCAGCGAAGAGAGCGAGCCGGAUGAAGCGGAGCCUGAGGAGGAGGCGGCCGCCUCUGCCCCGGCUGCUGGACCCAGCCUGGGAGGCCUCUUCGCCUCCCUCCCCCCACCCAAGGGUCCUGCCCUGCUGCCCCCACCUCCCCAGCUGCUGCCCCCGGCCUUCCCCCCGCCGCUGCUGCUUCCCCCGCCGCCGGCCGGAGACCCCCGGCUGCAGCCCCCGCCCCCGCUGCCCUUCGGCCUGGGGGGCUUCCCUCCGCCCCCGGGUCUUAGUUUGGCCGAGGCUGCGGGAGUGGGCGAGGGACUGGGGCUCGGGCUGCCCCUACCGCGGGCCCCAGGCCUCAACCUGCCCCCUCCGAUCGGCGGCGCCGGGCCCCCUCUGGGGCUCCCCAAGCCAAAGAAGAGGACUACGGAGCCGGUGCGGAUCGCGGCCCCCGAGCUGCACCUGGGAGAUUCAGAUUCAGAGGAAGAUGAACCUACAAAGAAGAAAACUGUUCUUCAGGGAUCUGGUGAAGGAACAGGUUUAUCAGCUUUGCUUCCCCAGCCCAAAAACCUGACUACAAAAGAGACUAACCGAUUGCUCCUACCCUACGCUUUCUCCCGAAAACCCACUGAUGGCUCUGCUGACACCAAGCUCUCCAAACCAGCCCCCAAGACCAAAUCUGCUUCUUCUGCUUCCUCCUCUGCCCCUGUUGUGGGUGCAACCACUACUACCCCAUCGCCCUCAGCCAUCAAAGCAGCUGCCAAGAGUGCCGCCUUACAGGUGACAAAGCAGAUCACACAAGAGGAGGAUGAUAGUGAUGAGGAAGUAGCCCCUGAGAACUUCUUCUCCCUUCCAGACAAGGCUGAGCCUCCUGGAGCUGAGCCAUACCCUUACCCUGUCCCUGCUGCUUCUGAAGAGCCACCCCCAGGCACAGAGCCAGAUCCUACCUUCCAGGACGAUGCAGCCAAUGCUCCCCUUGAAUUCAAGAUGGUGGCUGGUUCAAGUGGGGCUCCCUGGGUGCCUAAGCCUGGGGAGGACUACAGCAGUCAGCCCUACAACCAGUUCCCUACAUAUGGUGACGCUAAUGCCACUGGCGCUUACUAUCAGGAUUAUUACAGUAGUGGCUACUACCCUGAGUCUGAUCCAGCCUUAGCUCCUCCCCAGGAAAUUACCCCAGACGCCUCUUUCAUUGAUGAUGAAGCGUUCAAGCGACUUCAGGGCAAGAGGAACCGGGGAAGGGAAGAAAUUAAUUUUGUGGAGAUCAAAGGAGAUGACCAGCUCAGUGGGGCCCAGCAGUGGAUGACCAAGUCCUUGACGGAAGAAAAAACCAUGAAGUCAUUCAGUAAGAAGAAGGGUGAGCAGCCGACAGGCCAGCAGAGGCGAAAACACCAAAUCACAUAUCUGAUUCACCAGGCUAAAGAGCGAGAAUUGGAGCUGAAGAAUACCUGGUCAGAGAACAAGCUCAGCCGUCGGCAGACCCAAGCCAAAUAUGGAUUCUAGGCUUCUGGAACUGAUCCCAUCUUCCCCUUUACCCAGUACCAGGUGGCCUGGCCUUGCCCUUUCCAGCUAACAUCUUUGGGAGCCCCAGAAGCUCCAAGUCCAGGACCUUCUUCCUUAGGGCCCCAGCCAUCACUUCCUUGAGAAGGAACACAAUGGAUUUCAUUUUCUUAAUAAAACUUAGAAAAUGCAGCUUCCAUAUCUCUUGGAGCCACAAAGACUCCUGAGUGACUUUUCCAGAAACAACUGUUGAAUUCUAGGUUGGGAACUUAGCUCCCUAACAGGGUGAGAUGACUGGUUGAAUUCUGGAUUUUGUUUUUGUUUUUGUUUUUGUUUUUGUUUUUGUUUUUUAAACAAAAACAAAGAUGUCUGUUGAAAUAAAACAUCCAUCCUGACAGAA